CAUGCUCUACAUACUGUAGGCACUAGGCACUAGCCUCUAGGCUCUAGGCUCUACUCCGUGCUGUGAGGGAGCUCAAACACUCUUGAGACAAGAGCAACUUCACACCAUCGGUCUCAAAACAGAAACUCGAAACAUCACAGGUUCUGGUGACUGUACAUGAUAUACCGCUACCAGAUAUCGGACCGUCGACAGAGCACAUCAAGGACCGGGACCAGGACCAGGAUCAGGUCGCAGGCACAUCGAAAGCUUGUACGAACCUCGAGGCUGCCAACGCCAUCUUCAGCCUCGCCAAACACAUAGCCCACAAGGUCAACAUGGAGCAGACCAAAGCCCUGAAUGCUCUCGAGCCGUUCCUGGCUCUCGCCAAGUCAGCAGCUGCACCCCGCGCCGCCGCCGAAGUCGUCACCAGAGCUACUUCAGCUCCAGGCACCUACGUCUUUGCAGAACUACUCGGCACGCCGCAAAUACAAGCUCUCGCACAGUCUCCCGACCAUGUUGGCUUUCUCACCAUACUUCAGAUCUUCUCCUACGGCACAUACGCAGACUACACCUCGACCGCCAAUCUCCCGCCGCUGAACGAGCAGCAAACGCUAAAGCUGCGCCAGCUCUCCCUCCUCACUCUCGCAAAGAACCCGCACAGCCUUACAUAUGCCUCGCUUCAGUCGGCUCUGGACCUCUCAGAUGCCCGCUCCGUGGAGGAAUUGGUCAUCAGCGCCAUCUAUGCAGACUUGAUCCAGGCUCAGCUCGAUCCUCGCAACCAGACCGUGCUUGUGUCUUCGGUCUCACCUCUAAGGGACCUGGCACCCGGCUCCAUCCCAUCCAUGCUGGCCAAUUUGCAAGAAUGGUCCAGCCGCUGCACGUCUACACUAGCCGACCUUGAGGCGCAGAUCCAAGCCAUCAAGGAGACUGCUGCCGCCCGACACCUCGAGAAGAAGCAAUGGAAGGAGAAGACAGAUGCUCUAGUCGCAGAACAGGCCGACUCAGAUGCAAAGACAAAGGACGGCGGCGUUCAUACUCGUGGUCAAACAAACCUCGUCAGCCGCGCUGUGGCCAGCUUUCGCAGUGGACGUGGUGGCAAGCGGGACCGUCCAACCAGCUCUGCUCAGGAGGUAGACAUGGAGGACAUCGACAUGGGAACUGAUAAUGAUGACGACGAUUUGGAGACUGGUCUCACUGAUAGUACCGGAAACCUGGCUGGCAAGAAGAGAGCAAGCCGGCGAAAACUGUAGUUAGGGACCCUCCCGACGCCUUGAGGAAGUCUUGGAAGUCCCGCCGCGAUGCAACCUCCAGUUUUUCUUCUUGGUCGGGACGUGACCUUUCACCCGGCGGAUGAUACCGAUCAGGAGUGGUGUCGGUGACGCGGAAGUAUUAGAGGCUACGAGCUAAACAUGCGUUCAUGAGAUAUGAUAACCAAUGGGGGAAUAGAGUCAAUAUUCUGUUGUGAGAAAAAUAGAUUACUCCGUUUUUUUUAUUACCGUAUUGCUUAAAUGAACAUCGGCAUUUCCAAUUGAUCUCUCAUCCUCCAGGAUAUACAGCCGAAGGACAAAUGUAUCGGAGCUCACGACAUCUGAUUUAGCGACGUCCAUAGUCGCGAGGAUACGAAACGCUGCGUUGUACCCGAAAAAGAACGGAACACGAAACGGGAUCUCCACGUAGACGCUCACAACUAAAAGCACUCCAAGUAGGUCCUUCAGCAGAGUCGUAAAAGUAGU